CCACAACACACACACACACACACACAAACACACACGCCUGUCGUCUGCUGCACACCUAGGAUGACUGACCUGGAGACCUCGAUGGCCACCAUCAUCGCCGUGUUUCAUAAAUACGCCGAGAGAGAAGGAGACAAACACAAGCUGAAGAAAAGCGAGCUGAAGGAUUUGAUUAACGACGAGCUGCCAAAUCUGCUGGGGCAUGUGAAGGACCAGGCCACGCUGGACGGCCUCAUGGAGAGCCUGGAUGCCGACGGUGACGCCGAGUGCGACUUCCAGGAGUUCAUGACGUUCGUCACCAUGGUUACCAUCUGUUGCCAUGAGUUCUGAGAGCACGAGGACGAGUAGGAGCGACGGGGAACCAGGGGAACCACAGGAGCCAAGCCAGCCCUGUAGUCACCCUGACAACAAGCAAACAGUUCUCCUGAAACACGGCGGCAGAACGUCCUGUUCUCCACACAGAAAAAUAACGGUUCCACAAAGAGCCACCACUGAAAAAUGUAUCUACUGGAUUGGUUCCUCAUUUGAAUAAAUAAAUAAAUAAAUAAAUGAAUACAACUUAUGAAAAGGGUUCCUCACUGACCCAACCGGCUCCUCCAACAACUAUUUGGAAAAAGGUUCUUUAAAGAACUUUUUUUUUUUUUUUUUAAGUUAAAGUCCCUUGAAAAACCAUCUCACCACCACCUCAAGGAACUUUUUUUGAUGGGUCUUUGAAGAACCAUUUUUAGUUGCAUUUGGCACCUUAAUUUCUCUUUUAAGAAAUGAAUAUUAAUUAUUUUUUGUGUGUUUAUUUGUUCGGUUGUUUGUUUUCAUGUACCUUGUCUCAUUCUUUUGUCUCCUUUCUUUGAGGAACCAAGGCUGGUUCCUCAAAGAACCUUUUUUCAUGGCACCUUUGAACCAUUUAAAGAAAUAGUUCUAUAAAGAACUGUGGUCUGAAAGGUUCUUUGUGGAGCCAGAAAAGGUUCUACUGUGGCAUCACUCUGAAGAACCAUUUCUGGUUGAAGCUGGCACUUUUAUUUUUCUUUGAAGAAAUGAAAAUGAAUUGGGUUAUUUUUCAUGAACCAUUUCUCCUCUCUGUUUUUUUGGGAACCCCUGCUGGUUCCUCAAAGAACCUUUUUUCAUAACACCAUUUCGGGUUCUGGACUUUAUUUUUCUGUGUGUGCCAGCCUGAAAAUGGAAAUCAGCUGGCGAGACGGGGUAAGUGGCUACUGGAUUUCAGGAGUGGCUAGUAGUUUUUUUUUUUUUUUUUGGGGGGGGGGUCACGUAAUUAAUCAUUAACAUGGGCUCUUAUUUGAAAAUACCGUUGAUGGCUGAUAAAAUAGUGAAAAUGGUUUUAGAAGUCGGCUUGCUUCCACAUCUAGCACUGUUAGAAAAAUCGAGUUGGCUGGUAACAUCGUGAGAGCGGCUUGUAGAUUUUUUUGGAUGUUGCUAAAUAUUUUGUAAUUUUAGGCGUUCAUUUUUGCAACAUAACCCGUCGUUCUUUAAAGUGUAGCUUGUGAGUUAAAAUUGUGAAAGCAGCUGACGGGUGUGUCAACUGGCAAACAAUCACUCGGAGUGUUUAAAAAUCUAGUCGGGUACUAAAGUAAAUCGUAAAAGUGGAUGAUUUGAGAUUCUUCUUCUUAAAGCCUCAAACAAUCAUUUAAAAUAUUGUUUAAACUGUUAAUCCAAUUUUUAGUCAUCGCUUUUUUGAAGUUGUUCUAUUCUGCAAUUGCAGUUGGCUGGUAAAACGCUGUGAUUGGCUGGUGAGGUCGUUUGCUGUCCAGAUAAUGUGCCCAUAUUUGGAGUUUUGUUUUAUUCCAGGCACCGAACGUGAGAGAUUUCAAAUUUGGGAUUUUGCCAUCUUCCGACAUUUUCCUGCCCUGUGUCUGCGUUUGCUUUGACGUGCUGCUGUCAGGGGCGAAGCGGGACUGCACAUCAUUUUUUAUGUUUUAUUUUUCUUUAAAUUGUGUCCAUAUUAACCCUUUGAAGCACACAGGCUUUUAUUUGGAAAGGUUCUAUUUCACCUGUCUUAAUAAAAUUCACUUUUUUUCCUUUUAUAUUUUUCAUGUUUUAUACAGUUCUGGGGUAACUUGGAGGUAAUUUCCCUGUAAUGUCAUUUUAAAUAUACUCCUGGUAUUUUAUUUUUUAAUUUAAUUUAAUUACAAUUUAUUCUUUACUUUUUGCUAAUUUUCCAGUAAUGUUUUCCUAAAUUUCCGUAAUUUUUUUUUUUCGACAUUUUACUAGUUUCCUGCAAAUUUGGGGUAAUUUCUUGUUAAUUUGUUUGUCACCUUUUCCCUCCUCUAUAUUUUUGAAAGGAAUCAAAGUGAAUCUGCUCAGGUUUCAAAGGGUUAACUGCACCUUUUCACAAGAACGUGAACAAGGAAAACAUUACAAUAAUGACAGGGAUGUGGCGGUACGGCCGACUCACACAGCAGGUGAUUUUUUUUAGUUUUGGAGGACAGUUUGGAGGGGGGGUAAAGGACAGGUUGAGCUGCUUGGCCCCUGGCUGCUGCCGACACGUCGAGGCCUUUCCUGCAACUCAGUGAGCCUGACACCAUCGGUAAAAAGGAGUUCAUUUCCUCUAUUUAUGCAAACAAACCCUGACGACAGGUGAGACAGAACGGUGUGGAUAUAUGACAAUUAAAAAAAAAAAAAAACAGGAGCUCUGGUUGGUUUUGGAUCUUUGUUGAAAUGAUGUGAAUUAAAUAAAGCAGUGAGUGUGUGUGUGUGUGUGUGUGUGUGUAUGUGUGUGUGUGUGUGUGUGUGAGACGUUCAGCUUAAGGACGUUCUGCACGGUAAGACUGAUGAUGUGCUGAUCAGAUGUCUUGGAAAUGAAGCUUUGUUCCAAAAUGAUUUGUGUUCCACGUUUGGGGGAAAAGAAAUAACAGCUGCUGUUAAAAAUUAAAGCAGAAUUAGAGCAUUCAGAAAGUG